GAGCAGUCAGUCCGCGUCGACGACGCACGCAGUCAGUUCAGUUCCGAGUGAGCCGCAGUCGCGCCAGGUCUGCGCGUACUUGCGUGCAGUGCUCUUUGGCCACGUGCACACACACUAACAAAUUGUGUACGGUGUGUGCCUCGCUCUCUCUCUCUCUCUCUCCCUCUCUCUCUCUCUCUCUCUCUCUCCCUCUCUCUCUCUCCCUUUCUCUGGGCUCUCUCAUUUAUACGUAUAUGUGCCAUUAAGAUACAACUCUCUCGCUUGCUCACUCAUUUUUUACUGAUAAGCCGCCCACCACCUCCAAAGGAAGAGAGUGCGCGCGAGAUUGAGCGCCUCGCUGCUACCAAAUACGCACUCUGCGUGUGACAGCUCAGUCGACGAGUAACUGUGUUGAGAGGAGCACGCAGCAAUGACGAUAGAGGAAUCAAGGCGGUCUCAACGGCCAUACAGAUAUGGUAUGGUAUUGCUGUGUGUCGGAGCCUUGAUCAACUGGUUGGGCCUUGCCGAGAACUACGUGGAACCGGUGCGAUACGUCGGAGUCGCGUGCAUCGUAGCUGGUGCAUUGCUCAUCUGCGCGGCAAUGUGCUGCUGGCUACACGCACCACCAACCAGGACGAGCUCGCAUACUCACCGUUCUGCCAAUCCCGUCACUGCUCAGAUCGAUGACCCUAUCCACGUGAUCUCAAUAGAGGAUCCGGUGUCGGGCGCUCGCCAAAAACCACCGGAUUACGAGGCAGUGGCCGACGCACCACCCAGCUACGACGACGCAAUCAAAUUAAACCCGGGCCAAUUGGCAAGAAGUAGUCAUAGUAGCAUCACCGGCACUGCCACCUCACUCGAACACACGAUACCCGGCGCCGUCGUCGUCAUACCUACCUCAGGCGUCAUCGUUGCCGAAUCACAUACGCCAUCGCCACCACCACCCUAUGCGAGGUGAAGCUCCGUUACAGAAGCUUCGCGCUUCUCGCGACCAAGACUCAGGGCUAUGUACUAGCCAGUGUUUACACAAAGUACAAACAAACAGGCAGCCCUUCAAUAAAAUAAUAAAACGCAUACAAAUAUGCUACAAAGAUGAUGACGAUGUGGGUGCCUACAAACACAGUUACGAGGCACGCGAAUUGGCUCUCAUCGAGUUAGAAUGAAACAAGGAUGUUUUGCGAUAACGAAAAUAGAAUGCUCAGAGCCACUGCGUAAAAGGAAGGCGUGGCACGUUUACGUAAUCAAAGCAAAAAAGCAAAAGAAGAAGGUAAAAAAGAGGAUGCGAGUGAAAACGUCUUUUAAAUUUCUAUCGGCGUAUUGUACGUUUCCUCUUUCUCAUAUAUAUAAGCACGUGAAAAAAAUAUGCUCCGAGUAUUCCGAAACAACGUCAUACACGCACGGACUGAAAAGAAGAGCCAGUAUUCGAGAUUUCACGAAUAUUCGUUUCAAUAUCAAAUAACCCAUUCGACACGAUUCGAUAUUUUGAUGCUAGUUAAUUGUGAUAUAUUUUACAGUUUGAAACGAACAUUCGCAAGGAGCAUUUUUCUUUUUCGAUGUAUUUAAUGAGAAUUAAAGAAUACCGAUAAAAACAUUAUAAUACACAACAGAUAAUAUACGUCGAGUGCUCAUCUCUAGUCAAGAGGACCGCGCAGCAUGCGGUUGACACUAAAAACUCAAUAAUGUAUACUUACCGAGAUUUAUACUAAAAAAUGUAAAUUUGCAUGCACACAUAUCCGCGCGAGAAGGUGAAACUAAAAGACUCCCCUUCGUUAGGGCCUAUCAUACAAACUAUUUACGAAGGACAUGCACACACGGCCUGCUUGAAAGCGUAAUCAAGCUCCGAACGGAAUAAUAAUUGUUAACGCAACGAUCGCGAAAGCUUCCAAAGCCAAUUGCGAGGAUGUCGUUUCAAAAUUAUCGUAAAAAUGAAUGAAAAAAAAAAAAAACAUGAAAAUAGAUGCCUUCUUUCAUUUUUUUGGUUAAUUUUUCUGUUCGUUUUUCUCUUUCUUUCGGGACGUAAUGUUAGACACUUGGUUCGCGCACGACGAUGAGGAUGAUUACGACGACGACGACAACGACGACUAUGAAUAGUGAUGAGGUGACACCCACGCACACGUCCAUUUUAUUGUGAUAUGUAUUUUAUAAUGUUAUACGAUUUAGAAGUAAGUUGCGUAAGUUUUGCAAGAUUAUAUCUGUAAGACUCUUUUUUAAUAACAAGAGAUAUAAAUAUAUUAAA